AUGAACGCGACUCCGACAGCGGCCGCUCCAACGAUACCGUGGCUUCGAACAUUGACCGAAUUGAGAGCACCAGCAUUGGCGAUUGGAGAAGGCGCUGCGAAGCCGAAGGAACUUGAUGGCCUUGUCGGGCAAGAAGAGCUGGACGAGCUGGACGACUCGGUAGAAGUUACGGUUCUAGAAGCGGCGAGGCUAGUGGAGAUCGAGCUGCCAUGGCUAGAAACGCUGACUGCUGAGGUGGUUCAUUUGCUCACAACCCCCACUGUCCAAGAAACAAAAGAUCUCUCCAGUGUCAGGAGCAUACCACAGAGUCAACUGGCUGCGCAAUGUGCAACGGUCUCAGAAGAUACGCAGCCAAAGAGAUAUGUUCUGACAGUAGCAAGAACCGCGAAAGAGACUAAAGCCAGAAUGAACGCAUUCUGA